AUGCCUGAGGUCAUCUACGAUCCCAACUACCCCGCGCCAGACGUGCUCCCAGAGAGCGGCUUCUAUGAUUACCUCUUUGGGGACGAGUCGCCACUGGGCAAGUUUGACAAGAGUCUGCCUGCCUACAUCGACGGCCUGGAUGGACGUGUCCUGACCCGUGGAGGGCUCGAGAACUCGUGUCUCCGUCUCGUGAGCGGUUUGCGCGCCCUUGGCGUGCAGCGCAACGACGUCGCGUGCCUGUGGGGCCUGAACAGCCUCGAAUGGGCACGUACCGCGUAUGGAUGCUUGGCUGCGGGCGUCACCGUUUCGCCUGCCAACUACGCCUACGCGGCGCACGAGAUUGCUCACCAGCUCAAUGAUUCUGGCGCGGGCAUCAUCUUCUUGGAUCCAACGUUGAUCCCGAUGUUUGACGCCGCACGCAAGGAGAUCAAGCGCCCGUUUUCCAACGAGCGCGUCAUCCUCCUCUGUACGCCGGAACGCAAGCCCAAGGAACUCGCGCAGUACAAGGCGUUUGAGGAGAUCCUCGGUGCUCGCGCUGAGCCGGAGCACUUUACCGGGUCACAGAUCCGGGACACUGCGUUCCUCUGCUACUCAUCUGGAACGACGGGUCUGCCAAAGGGCGUGAUGACGACGCACAACAACAUGACCAGCCAGCUGCAAGCCCUCAAUAUCGGCUACGAGCAACUCGAGAGCGGACGAGACACGGUUCUCGGCAUCCUUCCCUACUCGCACAUCUACGGACUGACAAUUGUCUUCUUCCAGCCGUUUACGGUCGGCGUGCCCCUCGUCGUGCUCCCGCGCUUUGAGGAGAUUUCCGUGCUCUCAGCGAUCCAGAAGUUCAAGAUCACGCACGGGCUGAUCGUCCCACCGAUCAUCAUUAUUCUGCUCAACUCGUCGAAUGUUGACAAUUACGACCUGUCGAGUGUGCGCACCUUCAUGGUCGGCGCGGCCCCAACAAGCCCCGAGUUGUCCGAGUCAUUCAGCCGUCGUUUCCCCCACAUCACCCUGACGCAGGGCUACGGCAUGACCGAGUGCUCGCCGACGACGCACGUAUGCAAUGGCGCCGAGGUUGCCGGUCGUGCGGGUUGGAUCGGACGUCUGCUGCCCACGUUCCAGGCGCGUCUGGUGACUGAGGACGGCGUGGACGCCGCCCAUGGGGAACGCGGUGAGCUGUGGGUCCGCGGACCCAGUGUCAUGAAAGGGUACCUCAACAACCCCGAGGCAACCGAGAAGACAAUGGCGCCUGGCGGGUGGUAUAAGACUGGCGACGUGCUCAUAACCGACGACCAGGGGUGGUACAAGGUCGUCGACCGCGUCAAGGAGCUCAUCAAGUACAAGGGCUUCCAGGUCGCUCCGGCCGAGCUCGAGGGUCUCCUCCUACAGCACGACAAGGUGGCCGACGUCGGUGUCAUUGGCGUGUGGGAAGAGUCGCAGGCGACCGAGCUUCCGCGCGCCUACAUUGUCCCCAAGCCGUCGGCUGACCUCAAGAGUGGAGCUGCUCGCGAAGCGUUCCGCGCCGAGAUCGCCUCGUGGCUCGCAGACCGGGUAGCCCAGCACAAGCGGUUGCGCGGGGGCGUUGUCAUUGUCGAGACGAUCCCCAAGUCGCCGUCGGGCAAGAUCCUGCGCAAGGACUUGCGCGUGCGCGCCCAGGCUGAGCGCGAUGCCGAGGUGCAGCUGCGCGCCAAGAUGUAG